GCAAAAAUCUGUUCGUGAACGGUGAUGUUUUGAUAAUUUGCCCGGAUUAUUCCUCGAAAUUUAGCUAAUUUUUACAUCAGUUUCUAGUGAUAUUAAGUGAGAUAAUCAAUCUCAAACCAAUUGCGAGUGCAGUGGAAACGUAUUUUAAUAAAUCACGCCCCAAAAAGAAGGCAGUCACGUCGUUUUCCGGAGUGCGUCGAAUCCCGUGGAAGACCUUUGGAACAAUUCGUAGGUUUAUUGUGACGAAUUCUGCCAGAUUGGUGGUUGUUCCGGCCGGGAUGGGUUCCGUUGGAAGUAGUGCAAGCCUGCAUACCACUCCGAGCGCAGGUGGCAAGCGAACUUCCGGUGGUGGUGAUCCGGAAGGCACCCCGUCAAAAAUGAACCCCGCGGACAAGGCCGAGCUGGUGAAGAAGUUGACCCCGCUGCAGUACCACGUGACGCAGGAAGCGGGAACGGAGCGGCCCUUCACGGGAAAGUAUAACAAGUGCUACGACCGGGGCACGUACGUGUGCGUGGUCUGCAGCCAGGAACUGUUCAGCUCGGAUACCAAGUAUGACUCCGGCUGCGGGUGGCCCGCGUUUAACGAUGUGCUGGACAAGGGCAAGGUGACACUUCACGCGGAUGCCAGCUUAGCCGGCGGCAAUCUCCUAUUGUUAAUCACACAACCAGGCCGCGUGCGGACCGAGGUCCGGUGCUCCAAGUGCGGUGCCCACAUGGGACACGUGUUCGAGGAUGGGCCGCCGCCGACGCGCAAACGAUACUGUAUCAAUUCGGCCUCCAUUGAGUUUCUCGAGGCCGGAACGGAACGUCGGGACCCGCCAUCGAGCUAGAGAAAGAGGAGUGCUACGAGUAAAUGUGUUAUCCUGGAAUGUCGUCUACGAGUGCGAGAGAUGUAGAGUGUCCGCAGUACAAAAGCCUUUGAGAUGUUUGUCGAUGAAUUAGAGCACAACCUUUUGUCCUCUCACGGGAUCCCCACUGUUGAGCGUUAUAAUACUUUCAUUGUUUUUGAUCGUCUUUGAGAAAUUAGUAUGCGGUAAACCACGACCUCGGUUCAGAAGAAGGCCAACCAAUCAGGUAAUUGAUGUGCUGUAAAUUUUGUCCAUGUUCUUUGCUGUAAUUCUCACGAUUUCAACCUGCUCCGUGAAGACUAACCGUAGAUAUUUAUUAAACCUCACAAAACUUAUGAAUAAAAAAAGUUACACACUGAUUUGUGUGUAGGGUAGCAGAAGACAAGCCGGACUUGAUGAGAGUAAGUGGUAAGGUGCAAAGAAAAUACAAUCGAUCCAAUGAAUCGAACCUGUGUGGAAACUCCAACCUCCAUAGCGUGCAGUCUUCGGUUGCAAAUAAAACGAUUUAUUGUAUCAGUUUUUAGAAGAA